CCUGACAGAGGACAGGAGAGAGAGGGAGGGAUGCUUCAGAUAAAAGCGGCAGCGGCAGGACCCAGUCCGCCCUCAUCCGGAUCAACAAAACCCGAAUAAACCAGAGAAGCUCCAGCUCCUACCGGACUCUACCCGUUUCUGCCGGACUGUACCGGACUCUACCGGACUCUACCGGACUGUGGACCCGCUGCGGCUCGUAGCAGGAGGAGCUGCAGGCGGAGGAUCAAGUCUGGAUUCCUCCCAAUGGACUAAUCCUGGGACCAGGACCUGGUCUGGGAUCAGUCGUGUAGCUGUGGACCCUCAGGUGUGGGACAGGAUAGGUCUCGUGGUGUGAGCAGAACAGCGGGAGUCUGCAUCAGCUUCAUCCAGGACCAUGUCACAGUCCAGCCCUGUCAAUCAGCUGUAGAUGAGACUCACCUCCCACUGACCAUCUGGAGGAAGUUCAUCAUUUAGCCAGCACUUCCUCCAGCCCAGUGCACCAUGGGAUCUGCAGUCUUCUUCGUGCUCCUCCUCUUCCUUGUGACAUCAUCAGUGUGUGCUGGGCUGGGCGUGGCCAGCCAAGGUGGCGCUGUGCUGUGCCCUCUGCAGUGUGUGUGUGAGACGCGGCCAUGGUACACACCACAGUCUGUGUAUCACCAGGCCAAGACAGUGGACUGUAAUGAACUCCAUCUGCAGAGAGUACCAGCCAACAUCUCAUCUGACACACAGGUGCUGCUGCUGCAAAGUAACAACAUCUCAUCGAUCACUACUGAACUACAGAGCCUGACCAACCUGACAGAGCUGGACCUGUCACAGAAUCACUUCACCCAGGUGAGCUCUAUUGGUCUGUCCUCUCUGGGCCGGCUAGUCACUCUGUACCUGGAGGAGAAUCGCAUCGAGGAGUUGGAGGACUUCAGUCUGAGGAACCUGUCCAGUCUGGAGGAGCUCUACAUCAACCACAACCACAUCUCAUCCAUCGGACCCAAAGCCUUUGCCGGCCUCACCAACCUGCUGCGGCUCCACCUGAACUCCAACCGGCUGGUGGCUAUCGACAGCCGCUGGUUCGAGUCCCUGCCAUCCCUGGAGAUCCUGAUGAUCGGGGAGAACCCCAUCCUGGGCCUGGAGGAGAAGAACUUCCUGCCCCUAUCCCGUCUGCACAGCCUGGUGCUGGCUGGAAUGGGACUGGCCUCCAUCCCCUCCGCUGCCUUCCUGGGCCUGGACUACCUGGAGAGCCUCUCCUUCUACGACAACCGGCUCAGGUCUGUGCCCCGAGAUGCUCUGAGUGUACUCCCUAACCUGAAGUUCCUGGACCUGAACAGGAACCCAAUCAGCAGAGUCCAGCAGGGAGAUUUCCAGAACCUCCAGCACUUGGAGGAGCUCAGCCUGAACAACAUGGAGGAGCUGCUGAUGGUGGAGCGAGCUGCUUUCCAGAACCUUCCUGAAAUCGCCAAACUGGAGCUCUGCAACAACCCACGGCUGUCGUACAUUGACCCUCAGGCCUUCAGUAACCUGUCCUCCCUCCGGACUCUCCUUCUCCAUAAUAACCAGCUCAGCCUCCUCUCUGGAGACCUCCUCUCCUCCCUCCCAUCCCUGGAGGAGGUGUCUCUUCACUCAAACCCCCUGCGAUGUGACUGUCUCUCCUCCUGGGGGCCUCACCUCGGAAACCAAUCACAUCUCAAGCUUCUGGAGUCAUCUGUCACUCUCUGCUCCUCCCCACCUCACCUCAUUGGUCGGGAGCUGCAGGAGGUGGUGGCGGUCGGGUGGGGUGCAGCCGGCGGGGGCGGGGCCAACAGCUGCCUGCCUCACAUCUCACCUCACUCCUUCCCAACGGCCAUGAAUGUCAGCGCUGGGCAGCCAAUCACACUAGAGUGCUGGGCAGACGCUGACCCUGCCCCCCAGUUUUACUGGGUAACGCCCACUGGAGACAAGGUGAGCGCUGAGGCAGUGGCUGAACCAAUCAUAUCAGAGGUGGGGCGUGGCCUGACCAGGAAGAAGAAGAAGCAUCGUGUGUCGGACCCCGGAGCGUUGGUGAUCGAACACGCCGAGCCGUCAGACACAGGUGUGUAUACCUGUGUAGCGUGGAACAUGGAGGGAGCAGACACGAAGAGCGUCUCAGUGUUUGUGGACUCUCAGGGGUUUGUGGGCUGGUGGUCGGACGGGGAGACCCGGUGGGAUGGAGAGUCCAGCAGAGAGCAGCCCUGGCUGGGGAGCUCGUCCAGCCCUGAAGCCUCUCUUGUGGUUCUGGCUAAGGUGGUUCACGCCCAGUCGGUGGUGUUGGAGUGGAAGUUGUAUCCCAGUGGAGGAACUUCGUCUGUGGGUCAGAGCCAGCAGGACGCCCCCCUCCCUCUUCCCCGGUGGACCAGCGCCACUGUGCACAUAGACAACCCUCAGAUCAGCUACACUGCCAAAGUCCCAGUCGAUGUUCAGGAGUAUAAUCUGACUCACCUACUUCCUGCCACAGAGUACCACGUCUGCCUCACCGUCUCCUCCUCGCCUCCCUCCGUCACCCCUCCCUCCUCCCCUCCCAGCUCCUCCCCCACCCCCACCUCUUCUUCCUCCUUCCCUUCCUCCCCCUCCGCUCCUGUCCACACCUCCUGCCUGAACGUCACCACUAAGGAGGCGGGCUUCUCUGUGGAGCUGGUGGCAUCACGUCGCAGCAGUGUGGCGUUGGCGGCCGUCAUGGGCUCCAUGUUUGCUCUGUCCAUCAUGGCUCUGCUGGUGGUCUACAUGGGCCGUCGUGUGCAGCAGCACAAGUCCUGCGGCCACUCGCUGAAGAAGUAUAUGCAACACGCCACAUCCAUCCCACUCAAUGAGCUGUACCCGCCACUCAUCACACUGUGGGAGAGCGAGGCCGAGAAAGACAAGGACGACAAAGAGGAGGAAGAGGAGAGGGUGGGAGGAGAGAGGGGGGAGGAGGCAGGGGGGAGUCAAAUCGACACGACAAAGACGUACAUGUGGUAGCUGGAGGAGGGGGGGAAGAAAGAGACAUUCACGGGGAGGGGGGUUAUGGAGGGGCGAGGAAGGAGAGAAGAGAACCUGGAUGGAUGAAAUCAAAGAGAGAAGCGCCUGACAGUAAACAGAAGGGUAAAAACAAACACAUGUGACUGCUGAGGAAGAGAGGGAGGAAAAAACUGAUGAACAGAUAAAAACAUGUCACGCAUCAGAUCCUUAAAGGACCAUUCUGGUGUUUCUGUCUUAUUUUAGCCCAUUAAUCACAAAUCACAUUCCUGAUCAUCAUCGUCAUCAUCAUCUUCCUUCUGUCAGCUGAUCGUCGUUUUCACUGCAGUUCUGUGGAAACUGAUUAACAUCAGGUCAUCAGUCAGAGGUUCGAUUCUUCUGAGUGGAUUCAUGGAGGUUUGUUUCAGUUUCAUAUGUCACUGUUACUGCUGCAGCUGUUGAUCCUGUUGAUCAGCUGUUAAACUACAAACACUAACUUCCUGUUGUUAUAAGAUCACCUGUAUGCACCUGUCCCUCUCACCUCCCUCCUCACAGUGUAAUCCUCUGGAUUACAGACAUACUCUCUGCAGGUAGAAACCAGACUAAAGUGUCCAAAUCUAUUUUUACUGCACAGAUAAAGGAACAUGAGUCCAGUCUGGAAACACUGAUGGAGACACUGUUUCUGACCAGUCUAUCACAGGACUGACAGUUAGAGACAAACAGUCAUUCAGACUCACAUUCACACCUGCGAACAAUUUAGAGUCAGCAGUUAACCUACAUGCGUUCACACACAGAUGCAGUGGAGAGACAGUGAGCUGCUAGCCGGCCUGCUACUGGUAAAACAGAUCUGUCAGGUUUCAUCCCAGAGUUGGUGCUCCUAUGAAAGUGUCUCCGUGUGAGAUCCUUCAAUCGGUGAUUGUGUGUUUUUGAAACUUAUCUCGGAGCUGUAACUCACUCUUCCAUUCCCAUGCGCAGUGUAGCUGCUGUGUUUCUGGUUUAACAACCUUUUUUUACAGUGUCUGUGCUCCAAAAGAUGUUACAGUAGGAAGAGAGGUGAAAAGUAGCAGGUUCACUCAGGUGUUGUGUUUACAUCACUGCCAAGCUGAUAAAUACCCGUGUCUACAGCAGAGUCAUUUGACACCGGUGUGAAUGUUUAUUGAACCCUUUUCCGUUGCCAGCAAAAGCUCAAUGUUGGUGGGUCUCAGCAGGUUUUUUGACCAGUGGAAAAGGGGCUUGAUGAGAAGAUUAAAUUAGAUCAUAAAUUUGUCUUAAAGAGAUUUAAUGGGCUGAAAUAUAAAAACUCCAGAGCGAUUCUUUCUCCAGCAGAACUCUUCUCAGAGAAUGUGAACUGUUGUCCUCUGAGUCCAGAUGUUUUCUGAGUCCAGAUGUUUUCUAUUUUCAGAUCUCAUCUCCUUCCUCUCUUCCUGAUUUUCUUCCUUCCUUCCUUCCUUCUCUCCUCUUCCCUCUCCUCCCUGUCAAGCACACUGACAGUAGCUGUACUGUUGGAGAAAUCUGAUUAAUGUAAUUUAGUUCAUCUGAUGAACCUGAAUGCAGCACUGACACUCAGCACAGGUAAACUUCACUUUAACUCUUUCACAGUUGCACUUAAAGGUCCCAUAUUCACCUGAACUUCUCACCUUUCAUUUGUUUUAUUAUUGUUGGUCUGCAGUCUGCAGAUCUUCAAUCUGCUGGUCUUCAGUCUGAAUACGGGACCUUUAAUCGUCCUGUCUCCAUCAGCAUGAAUGCAUCACUAUGAUUAUUAUAUUUUAUAUUUGUUGUGCAUCAGGAGUGUACACAGUGGUGAGGACGGGUUCAGGUCAAAGCUCAGUCACUGACACCACUGUUACAUCCAUGUGAAGAAGUCCGACUUUAUCGACAGCCUAUGUACAGACACUGACAGUCACCAUGUUGUGCUUCAGUUUCAGUCACUCACUGUGACACUGAGUUCUUCUGGGUCUGUCAUUGACAUGGAGGUGGGAGGUGGAGGGUGGAGGUGGCUGGAGGAGGGUGGUGCUGCAUGCCUUUGCACUCAUAUUUAGGACUGUUUGUAUAAAAACCACGUCUGUGUGACGACCUGCAAACUGCUUCAGUGAUGAUGAAGUGAGUCUGUUCACCCUGAGACACAAGAAACACCUCCACUCAGUAUCAUGCACAACAAACAACAACAUUUAUAUUAAGUGAACAAGUUAUGAUAAAAUCUGUUAUUAUUAAGUUCAGUUCUAGUGUCUUUAGGGAGAAUAUAUAUAUAUAUAUAUAUAUAUAUAUAUAUAUAUAUAUAUAUAUAUAUAUAAUCAAUAACGACAACAACAGUUACCUACAGCCAAAGUUUAGUUUUUGUUGGUGAGUGGAGAGUAUGUCUGUGGACCCACAGCAACUGGAGAGAAACAGUCACUUCCACCAUCUAAAGACUCAAUAAACAUCAACCUGGACUCUGAGUGAAACCUCUGAAACUGAUUGAUCCUCAGCAGUUUGCAGGUUUGUCGUUCAGAUUUUCAGCCAAAUAUUCGCUCAGCUGUCUGUCAACCAAAACACUUCAGGAACACCCAAAGGAAGCUCUGGGCAUUUUACACAACAUGUACUGUACAUACAAACAUCAUUUACUGUUAAACAGAUGUUUCUCUGCUCCUCUGGUCACAGUUUUCUAAUACACUGACCUGAAACUGUUGUUUCUGAAGAUGUCGCUGUGAACUCUGGGAAAUUAAAACUGAGAAAAUAAUGUUGAGGUGAACUAAUAAUGAUAAUAAUCAUCCAUCAGUCCAACUUCCUAAAUCAGCUAUAAGAUGAAUUGACUUUUUGUUUUUGCAUGUGUGACUUUUAGUUUGUUUUCAGCUGAGAGGUUUAAAAACACAAAACUCUGAUUCUGAUUCUGAGUCAGAGACUGACUUCUUUUCUCUGACCUCUAACCUUUAAGCUUCAUCCUCGACCUCAGAAACACAAAGUUCACUCACUUGGUUUUUCUGGAGCUUUCGAUAACAGAUGUUUUUCAAAGCUGAUCAUUGAUUGAUUGAUUGAUUGAUUUCCCUGAGUUGUUAAAACAGUGAUGAUCAGUCUGAAACCUCAGAGCAACGGCGCCCUCUAGUGUCAAUCACAGUCAACAAUGGCACAACACACUUCACGUCAUUUAAAUUAAACUUGACAGUAAUAUGCAGGGUAUUUUGUACAAAGUGUAUCGCUCUAUAUUUGAAGAAACUAUUGCUUAUAUUAUUAUUAUUAUCAUUAUUAUUAUUAUUACUCAACACUGAGCACCAACUGUAACUAAAGAUGUGUGUGUGUAUGUGUGUGUGGGAGGGGAAGAUAAUAUAAAUACACACUUUGUCACUCCACA